UCAUGUCCAUAACUGAGAUAAUUUCUAUCUCUCAGCUCAAUGGAAUCCUUACAAAGGACAAAGGGAAAGUGUCGGUGAUUGAUUUUCAUGCCCACUGGUGUGGGCCGUGCCAUGCUAUUGCCCCUACGUUCGAAGAUCUUUCAAGAAAAUACAAGAACAUUAAUUUCCUCAAGUGCGACGUGGAUGCUGCGAAGGACGUAGCAUCUGCAUACCGGGUGUCCGCCAUACCGACAUUCAUCUUUCUCAGAGCUACGGAGAAAAUCGACCAAGUUCGUGGUGCCGAUCGAAACGCGUUGGAGAAUGCGGUUCGGAGGCAUUCAACUGGUUCUUCGGGUUCUGCUUCAGGAGCCUUCUCUGGGACAGGUCAUACCCUUGACGGAGGUCCGGUGAAUUCCUCCUCCGAGAGCAACGAUGGCGGUCCGCAGGUGGCAGGACCCGGACUUAAUCGUCAAACCAAGGUGUUCCUUGCUUUGACAGCGGGAUAUGUUUUCUUCUGGUAUCUCAGUUCUUAGUUUGAUCGAUGGUUGAUAUGUUCGUCGAUACUCAUACAUUGCUCAAAUAUCGUCCAGUGCACACAUUUCUGUUAUAAACGUUGGAUACCGUAGCUAGUUGAUAGAGCAAGGGUUUAGUAGUCGAGGUACGAGAAGUAAGAGAACAAGAGUGUGAGUGUGACUCGUGAGAAGAUGGUAUCCGUGAGCGAGGUGUGGGUUCGAGCGAGCUCGAGGUAAUCUUACAGGUAUCUUGAAAUAAGUUAGCAGACUAGCGCGAAGCUUAGUUUCCGUGACUUGAGGUCACGCAAAGUGCAGGGUUCAAGAUAGGUAGUAAGAAUUUGAUACCUAGUACAUGUUUCGU